AUACUCUGUCAAGUUAAGAAGUGUCAAGUCAACGUUUCUGUCAAAGAUUUACAUCAUUUUUCGGAAAUCACUCAAAAAAUCUCUUCAGAGAAUUAAUAAAUAGUUUCAAACCACCAUUAUAAAGAACAUGGCUAGCGGAGAACCCCAGAACUUGCCCAAGCAUAUGACUUAUUCCAAAUCUAGGGUGCCCAUCAUUGGGGCGUUGAUCGACUACAUCGAUACCAGCUUGGAGUAUCUUCGGCGAAAGACCUUCGCCAGGGCAGAAAAUCUCCACGCUAAGGCCUCCCGGGCUACUCUAUCAGCCAGCUUCAUGGCGGCAGUAUGUCUGAUCAUGGGUCUAACUUGCAACGUCAAAUUCGAAGUGGUCAAGUUUGAUGAUGAACCGCUCCCGAACGAUCUCCACUUCAUGCUGAUGAGCAAAGACGAUAAGCUGUAUAUUGACGAUAUUGAUGUUUCCAGAAUAAUGUGGUGUUUAGAAGCCUCCGACACAUUAGUCAUAUUAAUAAGCUGUCUCUUGAUAUGGAAUUCAUCAAAUGUGCGUUCCCCCCUUAGCGAGUAUCUAUUCCUGCCAUGGCUGGGCGCGACGCUCCGUGGGCUGUUCUUACGACAAGCGCCCACUGCAGGGGCUUUGCUGUACACCAUGGCAGUCGUCAACGGCAACAUCAACCCGCUGUUUCUGACUGCCUUCUCUUUCCUCUUCUUGCUAGAAGCGCGCCUAUGGCUCGAGAUCGCUCGCCUGGUGCGCACGCGCUGGGAGCGAAGAGACCACAUCAACACGGCCCGCGACGCCGCCUACGAGGUCGAAACCCUCUGGAGCAAUGACGACGUACAAAGCAUUGAAGUAAGGAACUACGUCUAUUAGACGUAUACUGAAAGACCUAUAUUUUUUUGGAAAAGCAAAGAUAAUUUUCUGCUGGAAAAGUAAAUUUGGGAUGUUUUCUGAUAAUACCAGUGACAGUGUAAAUUUAUUUGGAAACUCCCAAGUGUUACACAAAAUUAUGCAAGAAAGAUUAGAGACGAUUAGCUCAUAUUAAAUCUUGAAAUACUUUUAAUAGUGUGUUAUCAUCAUAAGGUUCAUUGAUAUUGAUAGUUUUUAUAUUCGUGAUGAUUGAUUCGUUUCCAUAAAUGUGUGUCCAAAGUGUUUGUUUAUCUUUUGUCUUGUGUUUUUGUAUUUUUGAUAAAGUUUGUUGGAUAGUUUUAGUGAAAUAAAAUUAUUUUCAUCAAAAACUAUUUUGAAUUGGUAAUUAUCUCAUCUAUUAAUUAAUUCGUUAAAAAUUAAUUUGAAGAGUCAUCUAGGUUUAAGUUAGGGCAUCUGCUGAGUUCAGUGAGCUGCUUCACUGCGCAGACAUGAUACUUACGUGAUACUCUAAG